CUCCAAACAUCGCUACAUGAACAACACCGUCAGCUGGCUGCUACUAUCUCGCAACACAACAGCCGACUUGCUGCCGAGAGUGCUAUGGAACACGGCCGGAAUUCAGAUGAACUCGGAUCUUGUUGCGGCCAUCGAAACCACCGACCAUCGAGGGGUGUUUAAUCUGUUCGAUAUCUACUCCAAGGGUCGCCAUCUGUGUAAAGAUAUCUUCCAAACGCUGCUGGGAACGUGGAGCGCUGACGUUGGCUUCCGCCUGACGCCCAACUACAGCCCGUACAAGAUUCGGCAAAACUUUAACUUCCUGCAGCUCCGGGGAGUUACCGUGAUCGAUCGAGAAAAUGUAACAUCGGGCAAGGUCGAUCAGCUGUUGGGUGAACCGGGACUGACCAAGGGCAUCGUCGCGUUCGUUAAGUAUCAUUACGCGCUGCUGGUCGUGUUGCGAGAUUUUCACAACUUCACCAUCAAAUUUCGUCCAACGCGCGGCUGGGCCGGCCGCUUACGCUCCGGCUAUCGGCUGGGGCUGCUCGGUGUGGUGCAGCGCCACGAAACGGAUGUCGCCGCGACCGGUAUCAUCAUGCGGCUGAGCCGCCAGCCGGAACUGGACUCGAUCCACUACAGCUGGGCCUUCGAAACGGGUUUCAUCUACAAAAUCACACCGGACAUUGGGAGCAAAUCGGAAGGAAACGGUUUCGUUGCUCCAUUUUCGCUCCCGGUCUGGGUGGCGCUGCUGCUAUCGCUCGCCCUGUCGGUGCUGGUGCUGCAGUAUCUUGCCCGGCUGUCUGCGGACGAGCGAAACACGCGCGCUACGAUGGCAUACGUGCUGGACGUGAUGGCGUGCGUCGCCCAGCAAGGUGUGCCGAACGUUUCGCGCCUGGUGCCGACGCGCGUCGCCGUGAUCGUGCUGCUCGUCGCUAAUUUGGUGCUGUACAACUACUACACCUCCACGGUGGUCAGCGGGCUGCUCAGCUCGCAGAUGAUUGGGCCGGAAACGAUCGCGCAGGUGAUCGACAGCCCGCUGCUACUGUCCCUGACCGACACGGGCUAUCAUCGGAUACUGUUGCGGGAACAAACGCUACCGUACAGCACACGGAUGCACGAGCGCAAAGCGUUGCCGCCACGGUCACCCAACGAUCUGCCCCUGUUUACGGACGUCGAGCAUGCGGUACCGUAUCUGAGACGCGGCGGACACGUGCUGCACUGCGAGCUGACAGAGGUUUAUCCCGCGAUCGCCAAUCAGUUCACCGCCAACGAGAUAUGCGAGCUGCGAACGGUUGAAGGAUUGUACCGGUACGACAUACGAGUGAUGGCGUUCGUGCUGCCGAAACACAGCAUGUACAGCGAGCUCUUCAAGAUCACGUUGGGCUUCAUAUUUCGUCUCACGCCAGAGCUGAACGGUGCAACGAGAGAAACGAGCUACUUAUCACCAUUUACCGACACUACGUGGUACUCCGUCGCCUCAGUACUGGCCCUCGUUCUGGGCGUUUUGCAAUGCAUAGCAAUAUUUCAUGCUGAGCUAUCGUCCCUCGCUCGCAAUCACUACCUAAUUGACACGAUCGGUUUGAUUGCUCAGCAAGGUACCGCGCAGAGUUCGGCAUACAUUUCGCUGCGAAUCGUGCUGUACGCGGUGCUGAUUAUGGCUUUCCUACUGUACAACUAUUACACCGCAUCGAUCGUCGGGGAAUUGCUUAGCUGCUCCAACCAGGGCCCAGCAACGAUCGAUCAGCUGCUCAAUGCGCCACUCGCCGUGAUGUUCGCCAACGAUUCGUACAAUCGGGCACUUGCGGUGGAUAAUGGCACUGGCGGUUUAAUGCAACAUUACAUCCUUUACGAGCAGCAGCACGCCAGGGUACCGGACGCGAUGACUUCCGAUCGUAUCUACGCAGAUGUCCGAACAGCUGUUCAGCUGCUGAAGCUGGGUGGUUACGCAUUUCACUGCGAACUGACCGAAGCCUUCCGAGCGAUAGCCAGCCACUUUGAUGCGCACGAAAUAUGCGAACUGCGUACGAUGAAAGGCUUGUACACUGAGCUGCCAUUGAUGAGCUUUGUGGUACCGCAGGGAAGCAUGUACGCUGAGCAGUUCAAAAUCACCCUUACGAGAGCUACAGAGAUAGGAUUGAUAAAACGGCUUUUAAAAACAUACAGCAGUGAUCAGCCAACUUGUCUGGGUGGACCUUUGGUGCAUCCCGUUGUCCUGGCUGGAGUAACAGCGCCUUUCACAAUCCUCGCCGCUGGUUUUGUUUCCUCCUUUGUUAUAUUUCUACUUGAAAAGAUCAUAUACUCAAUGAAAACGAUGAGUCAACCAUACUAAACAUAGAUCGCAGACAAGAUUGUGUGCUGUUUAGUGAGGAUUUGUAA